AUGGGUCUCAUCAUAUCCAGAUUUCGCCGCAAGAAAACAACCACAGAUAUCCUCGAACGACUCGAAACAGACAUAAAAUCGAUAGAAAGAGAUGGACAAUACAAGGAGCAGACGCAUAAGCGUGUUAUAGGAUAUGUCAUGGCGUAUUCCGUUGGACUAUACGUGUUGUUCGCCAUUUUGUAUUAUUAUAUGUACGUGGGAAGAAGCCAGUACUGGCUACAUUCCUUGCUGCACGCCUCGCCGUUACUGGUGUUGCCGAUUUUAGUGAUAUUCCUAAGGUCGGCUAUAUCAUGGUACUACAACUGGACCCUGAACAAAAACAGAACCAAGUUGAACAAGAUGAGAGAAGAGAAGAAGAAGAUUCUAGAGGAAGUUAUGAAUACCGAAACUUAUAAGGUAGCAAAAGAAAUUCUGGACAAAUACGGCGGCCCUGACGAGCAGUUCAAAGCGCUGAAGCCAUACGUGCCUACGAACAAUGUCCCUGGUAACCCCCCUAGCACACCAACCCCAGCGACUCCAGGCCAGCUUCGUCAGAGACAGCUGGCUUUGACGUCCACUCCGCUCUCUAAUAACAGGAACCUCGUGCCCAUCAUGAACUCCCCAACUGCUAUAUACAAAGGUCCCAGACUUCGAUCUGAUCAACUGCCUCGCCCUCUGCCAGACAAGAACCGCUCAGCGCUGGACAAAGUUGUGGACUAUUUAUUAAAAGAUGGGCCUAACCAUCGCAUGGCACUAAUAUGUUCUGAAUGCUUUUCACAUAAUGGCAUGGCGAUGGCGGAGGAGUUCGAGUACGUGUCGUACGUGUGCGCGUACUGCGGGCGACACAACCCGGCGCGCAAGCAGCGCCCCGCCGCGCCGCUGCUGGCCGCGCGCGCCCUGCCCGCGCUGCAGCCGCGCGCUCUCAACGGUGGUGGUGACGAAUCCUCGAUACCCAGUUCGGGCAGUGAAAGUGAUGAAGAAAAGAAUGUUGGAGACGCUUCCAGAGAACCUGGCUCAGAAAAUGAAUCGGAUCGUCCCCCCUCCGCGGAGGAGUCGCCGAAACCCGUACAGGAGAAGAAAGAAGACUGA